AAAACGGAAUAGGUAGUGUUAUUACACUAUUAGUGUAACACGCAAUCGCUGAGGCGAGGUGUUUCUCGUUGGUGACAGUUAGGGGCGACAGUGAGUCUGUGCACCGGUACUAGAGCUCAAAGCACUGCUCUCUCUGAGAUCAUUCUCAGAAACUGCUGCAGGACAAGUCAGUGAGCCAGUCAGUCUUCUGAUCAUCCAGUCGUCUCUCACGCUCUAUAAAAGCAUCAGGACAGUUCAAGUGCGAUUUAUGAUUUAGUAAUGCUCGUUUCCAUUUUUUUCUUCGCUCUUCAGUUCAGGAUUAUUAAUUUUUUAAAAAUAUUUUGGAAAAAAUGUGGCUUGUUUCCCCCCUCUCCCGGGUUAUGCAUUUUGAGAGGGAAAUAAGCCAUGGAGGUCUCUGAAUGACCAGCAACAAGGCAUGUGGGAUAGUUUUCGCUACCAAGCCAACGUCUGUUUUCAUUGGGAAGCGUUGAAAUUAAUCCACAUUUGUUCUGGAAUUCGAAAAUGUGGUCGAUUUUCAGUUUUCCUAUUUUUUGUUACUUUUUGCAUUGUAAUUUAAGUCAGCUUUCAUCAGACGCCAUUUUCGCCUUUUAUUUUGUUUAAAGCAUCGUUCUAUUUGACACAUUACCAGAAGGACGUCAUGCAGUUGGUGCUACUGUAACUCGCCAGCUAACAUUAGCUAAUCUAAAUGGAUUUUAAAUAAUAGCUAUCUUUUGUGGAGACCAAACGAUUCGAAAGAACAUCACGGCAUUGCACUGGAUUAUGGUUUCACCUUGGGAGAUGUCUAUUCCAAUGGGAUUAAUAAAAUUCCUGGAGCAAUCGUAGGGUGGGAUAACAAAAGUUUCACUCACUGGGAUUGCUGUUCUGUUCACUUGUGCUUGUGUACCCUGCUCCUGGAGUAGAGCAUUGGAAACAUGGAGCAAAGGGAAUUUGCCAGCUUUGUGCAGCCAAAUAGAGAGGCUGAAUUUAGCGUCAAUGCCAAUGGUGGUUCUCUCCCGGAGGGUUCGAUGGACCCGCGGCCUGUCCUGGCAGAGGGUUUCCCCAUGGCAGGGGAGCGAGUGGAACCCGAAAGGGAGGAUGAGCUUGGUUUGGGUGGGGACGAGUACGCCCUCUCGAACCAGGACGGCAUUGAGGAGCAGGAGUUCUCCAUUAAGGAGGCUAGCUUUGCGCAGGGCAGCCUCAAGCUUAAGAUCCAGACCACCAAGAGGGCCAAGAAGCCCCCCAAGAGCCUGGAGAACUACAUCUGUCCCCCGGAGAUUCGGGUCACCAUCAAGCAGCCUGGGGAGCAGAGAGCGGUGAGGCAGGGCAAGACUAACCCGGGCGGCAAGGAGGAGGAAGAUGCCGCUCCGAAAAAGAAGAUGUAUGAGAGUCCUUUCAAGCCUGUUGCUGACCAAGAUGCAAGUAACCAUCUGGGAGAAUCCAUGAAACCAAAGCUGCAGCCCAAGGGCAGUCUCCAGCAUCAACUGGAUUGGAUAAAGCCACCAGUCGGAAGGGGCUCUUCCCAAGGGAAUGUUACUGAUGUUUCUGAAUCAAAAAGAGAACUAGCAUCAGUUAACAGGAGCUCUCUUCCACAUUCGACAAAUGCUUACACCAAAUCACAACAAAGGAAAGUGACAGGAAGCUCACCUUCAUGCCCGUUUACUUCAGAUAUGUUAAGCCAAAUCCCUGGCUCCCAAACAAGUCCGCUUUCUGCAGCAAAUAUGCCACCAGCCACACAGACAGAAAGUAGUAUUACUACACUUAUAACUUCAAAAAGAGACAAGGGUCUACUGGAGGUCACCGAGCUUGUCUUUGGUAACAUCAAGAGGAAAUAUGGCCGAAAAGACUCAGUGAGAAAUUUGACAUCAUACAAUUCAGAAUUUCAGAUUGGGAAGAAGGCAGGAAAUGACCCAUUGACUGAAACUCCAGAUAAAUCUAAAGAGAAGCAAACUUUUCUGCUUGAAAAAACUAAUGGACCUCUUUCUGGAGGGACCGAGACUGCUGGGAAAAAUGCAGAGAUGGAGGGCAAGUAUCUUCCGGUAGCAGUUCCAGCAAGGGUCGAUGAGUAUAAAGUGCAUCCUUGGAGAAAGAAACAAUAUGGAGAGUCAUUGAAAGAUCCCGUCCCUCUGUGGGAUUUAACAGAGGUGGCCUCUGAGUUGGACAGAAAGGCUGACAGAGGUUUUUCUGAGCCAAAACCUCCAAAUAGGCUUGAGCCAAGGACCACACAUCAGAUUGAAAACAGUCACACUGAGGCAGGGACUGUGGUAGCAAUGACUGAAUUAGCUGACGUAUGUAAGAAUAAGCUGAGGAAAAACCCUGUGAGGAGACCUAAUGCACCAAUGGAACUGUAUCAUCAAACUGAUACAAAACUUCUAAAACCAAAAGGCAAGGAAAGGUGGUCACAUCUGAAAUCCAAAUCCUCCCAUCACCAGACAAAUAGUAGCUAUCUAACAUCAACUGUCUUGGAGCCUCCUUCAGCUUAUCCCAUAACACCCUCUAGCCCUCUCUAUACCAAUACUGACAGCUUGACAGUCAUCACCUCCUUAAAAAAGAAGCGUGGACGACCAAAAAAACAGCCUUUGCUUACAGUAGAAACCAUUCAUGAGGGAACAUCUAGUAGUCCUAUAAGCCCCAUUUCAGGAGAGUCACUUGGUAAGAAAAGAAGGAAGAAGCAUAAUUUUUCAGGAAUUGAGGUGGCUAAAGUAAAAGCCUCCUCUUAUUCUAAACAACUUAACCAUAAUAAAAACGCAGGGAAAACUAAUGUCUGGGACAAGAACAACCUCAAAAAGACAAAAAUGGUCAAGAUGAAUCACAUUUUGAAUGAGAUUUUGUCAUGUUCAACCAACAGUAAUCUGAUUUUGAAAUCCAGAGCUCCUGUGACUGGAGCUGUCUCAACUGUUUCAAAAAUUGAGGCCCACUUGGGCAAGCAGAUCAAUAUAAGUAAGCGAGGGACUAUUUAUAUUGGCAAAAAGAGGGGUAGGAAACCGAAAGCUGAGCUACAGGCCCAGCAAGACCAACACAAAAUCAAUGGUAAGCAUUCUGUGUCUAGCCAAUUUGUGAAUCCAACAGUGCCUUCUAAUCCACAGUCAGUGUUAGCAGUUGCUUCUCCUAGGAUCAUGCCAUUACCCUCUGCUCCAGCUGCAGGUCCUGGUGGGAAACUAUGCCUUGCUAACACAGAGACAGGUCUGAGAGAGUUGAAGACCAUGCCAAAUCUGCAGGCUGUCAGUGCAUUGCUCACAAAAGCUCCAAAGGGUUUUCACAGCAACACCUGGAAGCUCUCCCCCCCUAGGCUUAUGACAAACUCACCAUCUCAUCUCUCUGAGGUGACUUCUCUGAAAGAGGGCACCUUGUCUCCCAUCAGCGAGUCCCACAGUGAGGAAACGAUCCCAAGCGAUAGUGGAAUCGGAACUGACAACAACAGCACUUCAGAUCAAGCAGAGAAAGGCCCUACAUCUCGCAGGAGGUACUCUUUUGACUUCUGCAGCUUUGAGCCACCUGAAGGUGCUGCACUUGCCUCCAGCAGAGCCAAGCGGGGACAUUGCCAGAAGCAUGUGGAUGCUGUCACUGUAAAGACUUUCCUUGCCCAAGAAAACCUGAAAAAGCAGAAGCAUCGUCGCAAAAGGAAGGGCAUUCAAAGACGAGAUGACCUUCAGUUUUUAGCUGACCUUGAGGAACUCAUUGACAAGUUCCAGGUCUUCCGCAUUUCCCAUCGCACUUACAGCUUCUGUCGUGAGAGCUUAUAUCCAAGCAUCUUCCGGGUGAACUUCAACAACUACUACCCUAUGCCAUACUUCCCUUUUGAUCCACUGCAUUAUCUUCGCAGGAAUUCGGAAAUCAAGCCUAAAAAGCGGUGUGGUAGGCCAGCCCAAGCUAAUGAGCCAAUGUCAAAAAUGCCUUUCAUCCCAGGAUUUAGCUAUCCCUUUCCCAGUGGCAAUUACUAUGCACCUUACGCAAUGCCUUAUACAUCAAUGCCGAUUGCCACCAGUAUGGUGAACCUAGGCUAUUAUGGCCAAUAUCCAGCUCCUGUGUACUUGUCUCAUACUCUUGGGGCAACAGCCUCUCCUUUCAUGAGGCCAGCCGUGCCACCACCCCAGUUCCAUUCCAGUGCCCAUGUAAAAUUAGCCACUUCUGCCAAACAUAAGAUCAAACUUGGAUCUCAGCAGAUGCCCUCUACUGGAAUGGAAGAUGCCAAGUCGUUGUUGGUGGCUCCUGCAGGUGGUGCGGGUAACUUGCCUAGUGUUCGGGUUCACAAGCGCAAACACAAGCACAAGCACAAACACACUGAGGACCAGCUCUCCAGGUCUGAGAGCAAAGACCUGGGUGGACUGUUCAGUGGAUCAAAGAACCGUUGCUUCCUGAGCCUUCGGAGUGACAGGCUGGGGGUGUCUGACAAUGAAGCCCCUUUAUCGAAACUGAAAGAUACGCUGCGGAACCAGCAAAGUCCGGGCACUCUGUUAAGAAGCUCCAGGAACAUCUUUGAAGUGGACAACCUCUCUACUUUAUCUCUGUCUGACUCACAGCAGUGGACGUGCACUCAUGAGCAGGGGGAACUGGUACAUGACCUCCAUGCUGCCUGCUCCCACCGGCUCUCCAAGAGAAUCCGGACCGGAAAGGAUCUGCCUUCUGACCUGCUAGGCAGGCUGCCGUCUCCGCAGGUGGCCCAAGCUGCCAUCAGCAACAAGAGGCAAAGCUUGAAGGUGUUUGAGCUGUACAGACCGCAACACAUGGAGCCCUUCAGGAAAACCAGGAUGGAGAACAUGGAGCAAUCAUUUCACUGCCCAAGCCCUUCAUUGGAAGAACACAGUCACCCGGUGAAAAAGAUGUUCAAAAGAAAAGAAAUUGAGGAGAUUCAGUGUGAAGUGCGAAAGAGGUGUGCCUUCUCAAAAAUCCUCUCCACCAAGAAGAACCUGGGUCACGUCAACAAAAUCCUUAGGGCCAAGAGGCUCCAAAGGCAGGCCAAGACGGGCAACAAUGUGGUGAAGAAGAGACGGGGAAGGCCCAGGAAGAACCCCCUGCCCCUGGAACAGGAGCCCGUGGGCCAGAUGCCCGUCCUGGAGAGGUGCGUGGAUCUCCCCGAGAGGAAGAUGGGCCACUCCAGCCUGGCACCAGAACCCUUGGAGUGCUUUAGCCAGGACUCCAUUGUGGAUGCCAUUGAGUCAGUGGUCCACAUGGUCCAUAAGCAGCCUCAGGUGCCACCCACACGGGGCAGUAAACGUUGGUCCAAGACCCCAGAAGAGGCCCGGUCUAGCCGGCCACGGAGGUGAGGGGGGGAACACGAAGGAAGACGGGUCACCGUCCCUUUGAACCAGAGAAGCCCUGGAUUCUUUCCAGCCUGCGACUCCUUUGUGCGCUCAGCACUGUGAUUGCUCCUUGCACUUGCAGCCUUUAACUAUUACGAGGUUUCAGAUGUGGAAUAUGCCGCUUGUUUGCUUUCCUUUUUUAAAAAAAAAUUAAAUAUAACAGGAAAUACAUUGCACCUGAAUGACAGUAUUCCAACAAAGGCAUGAUAGUGUUGAAGUAAGUUGGACUGAAAAGCAUAUAGUCUCAGCUGUGGCCCUGCAAGCCUUUACCAGCAAGUAUGUGUCUGCGUGUGUGGGUGUCUAUAUACAGUAUAUGAAACUUUGGUAACUGGACCUUGAUUUUUAUUUCAUUUUUUUUUUGUCAAAGUACAACAUAUUGAGUAUUCUGACCGCGCAUUGACAGAUGCUACUUUAUAACCACACUUGUGUUCAGACUUGUUUUGUCUCUGAUUCUAAAGGUAGAUGGCAAUACUGACAAGAGGACCCAUUGGAGGUCAUUUCUCCAGACUCAUUCACAAAGGGCCUAACUGUAUAUGGGACGCUUUCUUCUAAUAACAUGCCUUUUUGUAUAAUAUUUCAGAAAAAAUAUAAGGCUUUUGUUGGUUAGUGACCAGGCAGGUUUACUAUAUAAAAACUAUACUACAUGUAGAAAUAUUAUGCCAUUGGCAGGAAAGAGUUAUUGUUGUUGUAUGUUAUUUCGUACACUUUAAGUUUACACCAAUUCUAAAUAUCAAAUGAAUCAGUUUCAGCACUUAAGAUACUUAAUACUUGUUGCCUUAAUUAAUUUUUGCUGGCUUUUGUUUGACACAAAUGUUAGCGAUGCAUUUUAAAUGCCAAAAAUAUAGCUUUAAUAUGCUGCCAGUAUGCCCUUCAAUUGUAUAUGGUGAUCUGUCAAUUUGGAAGAUGAUAUACAUACAUUGAACUGGACUGUAUUCAGGCCCGCAGCAUCCUAAGGUUCCAGUGAAAACAAAAGCAACCAGAACUAUAAAAGGAUUGAAUUCCAUCUCUAGACCCUAGUUCUCUGUCUUUAGAUUAUCAGGCCACAAAAUAUGCAGAAAUUCUUGUCUAUGUUAGUGGUUUAAGGCCUAUUUGUAAAGCAGGUAUAAAAAAGCCCUAUUAGAAUGAAGUUAUAAUUUGGUAGUCCUUGUGAUUCAUGAAAUUUGGACAAUACAUACACUUUCAUUGUAAUUGCCAUGUAGCAGUUAAUAUAACCAUAUCCAAGUGGCACAACAUUAAGUAUUUAUUUAGCUAUAACUAUGUAUAUAUUUUAAAGACCUGAAAUAGUCUGUAACACUAUAAUAGCCUUCCAUAAAAAUAUAAAA